AGAGACAGACGGACGCUCUUUGCUCCUUUCCCCUCCUGGAGAAGGCUCUGCAUCUGCCGCAGAAAAAGGCCAUUCGCCUCCUCUGGGCUUGGAGCGAGGCGCUCAGGAAAGGCGGGAGAGCAGCAGGCAUUAUGUUACACCGGAGCUGGCUGUUGUGGCUGACAAUCUUGUUAACUUUGUGGGAUUCAUCAGAGGCUCAAGAUGAAGACAGAGUGGAUGAGACCACAUUUGACUUGAUGCAAAUCAGCAACAUCAACAGGAAGACCAUAGGAGCAAAAGCAUUUCGGGGUAAUAUUUCUGGGUUCCCAGCAUACCGCUUCAUCCGGUUUGAUCAUAUACCGCCACUUAACUCUGAGAAAUUAAAACAGAUUAUUCAACUGAUCCAACAAAAUGAGGGGUUCAUUCUUACUGCUACCUUCAGGCAAGACAGGGACUCCAGGGGCACCAUCAUUGCAUUGGAUGGCCCUGGCAUCUCUCAGCGGCAAUUUGAAAUUAUUUCCAAUGGCCAAGACAAUACACUUGAGCUUUCCUAUUGGGUAGAUGGCUCCCGAAAGGGAUAUCCUUUGGAAGAUGUGGACUUAGCUGAUGUACAGUGGAAGAAUAUCACUGUACAAGUAACAGGAGAAAACUAUAGUCUCUAUGUUGGGUGUGACCUCAUUGACAGUUUAAGCCUGGAGGAACCUUUCUACGAAAACCUGAAAGCAGAGAAAAGCAGAAUGUAUGUGGUAAAAGGAUCUGCGAGAGAGAACCACUUCCGGGGUCUUAUACAAAAUAUUCAUCUGAUUUUUGGAACGUCAGUAGAGGAUAUCUUACGCAACAAAGGAUGCCAGAAGAGCCAAUCAGCUGAGGUGAACACCAUCAAUGAGAGCACAGAGAUCCUUCAUCUCACCCCUUCAGUCAUGACAGAAUACAUUGGUGACAACACUGAGAAGAAAGCAGAAUUCUGUGAUCGCUCAUGUGAAGAGCUUGGGUCUAUGUUUACUGAACUCACUGGAUUGCGCAUUGUUGUGAACAGCUUAACUGAAAAAUUAGAAAAAGUGUCUGAAGUGAAUGAAAAAAUUGUGUCAGAAUUGCUUGGCCCCAACAAGAUUCUGAAAAACCAGUCGGCAUGCUGGCAAGAUGGUCGUGAAUUUGCAAAUAAUUCACAAUGGGUUGUGGACAGCUGCACAAAAUGUCACUGUCAGAAUUCCAAAACAAUAUGCAAUAAAAUCACAUGCCCACCAGUACACUGUGUCAGUCCAUCUUUCAUUGAUGGCGAGUGUUGUCCUGUUUGCUCCCACUCUGAUGACAGUGAAGAAGGCUGGUCUCCCUGGUCUGAGUGGACAGAAUGCUCUGUCACAUGUGGAUCUGGAACACAGCAGCGAGGGCGCUCAUGUGAUGUCACCAGCAACACUUGUCGAGGCCCCUCCAUUCAGACCAGGACCUGCUCCCUUGGCAAAUGUGACAAUCGUAUACGUCAAGAUGGUGGGUGGAGCCACUGGUCUCCUUGGUCUUCCUGUUCUGUGACCUGUGGAGUAGGCAACAUAACUCGCAUACGACUCUGCAACUCUCCUAUCCCACAGAUGGGUGGGAAAAGCUGCAAAGGAAGUGGCCGUGAAACCAAAGAAUGUGAAGGGCCACCAUGUCCAAUUAAUGGCCGAUGGAGCCCUUGGUCUCCCUGGUCUGCUUGUACAGUUACAUGUGGAGGAGGGAUUCGUGAGAGAUCUCGUCUCUGCAAUAGUCCAGAGCCUCAGUAUGGAGGAAAGUCAUGUGCAGGAGACACCAUACAGAGAGAUAUGUGCAACAAGCAGGAUUGUCCAAUAGAUGGAUGCUUGUCGAAUCCUUGCUUUCCUGGAGCAGAAUGCAACAGUUACCCUGAUGGUUCUUGGUCCUGUGGUGCAUGCCCUGCUGGUUACCUUGGAAAUGGAACUUUCUGUGAGGACCUUGAUGAGUGUGCAGUAGUGCCAGAUGUUUGCUUUAAGUUAAAUCAGAACCACCGUUGUGUAAACACAAAUCCAGGAUUCCAUUGCUUGCCAUGCCCUCCACGCUACAAAGGAACCCAGCCAUAUGGGGUGGGCCUAGAAGCUGCCAGGACAGAAAAACAAGUAUGUGAACCUGCCAAUCCUUGCAAAGACAAAACACACAACUGCCAUAGGUCUGCAGAGUGUAUCUACUUGGGACAUUUCAGUGAUCCUAUGUACAAGUGUGAAUGUAGAACAGGUUAUGCUGGCGAUGGGUUCAUCUGUGGUGAAGACUCUGACUUGGAUGGAUGGCCCAAUAAUAACCUGGUUUGUGCUGCCAAUGCUACGUAUCACUGUGUGAAGGAUAAUUGCCCUCUCCUGCCAAAUUCUGGACAAGAAGACUUUGAUAAAGAUGGGAAAGGUGAUGCUUGUGAUGAAGAUGAUGACAAUGAUGGUGUAGAGGAUGAUAAAGACAACUGUCCCCUUCUUUUUAAUCCCCGUCAAUUUGAUUAUGACAAAGAUGAAGUUGGCGACCGUUGUGAUAACUGCCCUUAUGUGCAUAAUCCUGCUCAAAUUGAUACAGAUAAUAAUGGAGAGGGUGAUGCAUGUGCAGUGGAUAUUGAUGGAGAUGAUGUUUUCAAUGAACGAGAUAACUGUCCGUAUGUGUAUAACACUGACCAGACGGAUACAGAUGGGGAUGGAGUUGGUGAUCACUGUGACAACUGCCCUUUGGUACACAAUCCUGAUCAGACUGAUGUGGAUAAUGAUCUGGUUGGUGACCAGUGUGACAACAAUGAGGACAUUGAUGAAGAUGGUCACCAGAACAACAAAGAUAACUGUCCUUACAUUUCCAAUGCCAACCAGGCAGAUCAUGACAAGGAUGGGAAAGGGGAUGCUUGUGAUCCUGAUGAUGACAAUGAUGGUAUCCCAGAUGACAGGGACAAUUGCCGCCUCACAUUUAACCCUGACCAGAAGGAUUCUGACGGUGAUGGCCGAGGUGAUGUCUGCAAAGAUGAUUUUGACAAUGACAAAGUCCCAGAUAUUUAUGAUGUGUGUCCUGAAAAUGAUGCCAUUAGUGAAACUGACUUCAGAAAGUUCCAGAUGGUCCCUCUGGACCCUAAAGGAACAGCUCAGAUUGACCCAAAUUGGGUGAUUCGUCAUCAAGGCAAAGAACUGGUACAGACUGCUAACUCAGAUCCUGGCAUAGCUGUAGGUUAUGAUGAAUUCAGUUCUGUUGACUUCAGUGGUACAUUUUAUGUCAAUACGGACCGGGAUGAUGACUAUGCUGGAUUUGUCUUUGCUUACCAGUCCAGUAGUCGCUUCUAUGUCCUGAUGUGGAAACAAGUUACUCAGACAUAUUGGGAAGACAAACCCACCAGAGCUUAUGGUUACUCAGGGGUAUCACUUAAAGUAGUGAACUCCACAACUGGCACUGGUGAACAUUUGAGAAAUGCUCUUUGGCAUACUGGAAAUACACCUGGACAGGUCCGUACCUUGUGGCAUGAUCCCAAGAAUAUUGGUUGGAAAGAUUACACUGCCUACAGGUGGCAUUUGAUCCACAGGCCUAAGACAGGAUUAAUAAAAGUUUUAGUAUAUGAAGGGAAGCAAGUUAUGGCAGAUUCUGGACCAAUCUAUGACAAGACCUAUGCUGGUGGGAGGUUAGGUCUAUUUGUCUUUUCACAAGAGAUGGUAUACUUUUCUGACCUCAAAUAUGAAUGCAGAGAUGCCUGAACAAAAGCUGCUGCAUAACCAGCAAAGUACUGUAGAUGCCAUUCAACGUAGACACCUCUGUACAUCCUGGUACUCCAAAUUCCUCACUCUGUUUUCAACUUUCCCUCUGGCAUGUUCCCCUGACCGUGUACCUCUUUUGCUGCCAGGAGGGAACCCUUCAAUCUUACACCUAAGUGCCUUCUAAGACCUUGGACCAAAAGGGCCUAAAUGUGACCAUCAAAUCCACCACUGAAGCAAAACCAGAUUGCUGUGGAGAGUGAAAACUUAGCAAACAUGUUUGUUCAUUUGCUUAGACUUUUUUUUCUAAUGACGUUUACAGUUACAUUGUAAAAGUGUAAUUACUUAAUGUAUUUAUAUAGAUUAUAGAUAUGGUGGGAUGUGAUGUAGCAGGGGAAGAUUGAUGUCAAGAUGGAUUGGGUUGGAAAGUAGUCAGAAGGCAGAUCACUUCUGUAGCCCAUAUUGCUCAUAUCAGGGCUGGGCCUUGGUGAUAACACAAUCUGGGAGAUAAAUUUCAACCCAAUUAAGAAGGAGUUAAUAUGAAAUACUUUCUCCACUAAGAAGCCAUGCAAAGUCCAGAUUAAAAGAUUAAAAGAUGGUUUCAUGCACUAAUAAUUUUUAGCACCUUUUAAGAUGAACCUAGGGAUGCACAUCUUUGCUUCUUUUGUCUCACAUUCAAGAUGAAAACAUUUCACAGGUCUUCUGUGUGUGAGAUUGUAAGGGUUUUGAGUGAUUUUUUCACAUGGGAAGUUGGUGAAAAUUUUGUGAAGGGUUUUAUUUAACACAAAAACCUGUUUUGCACAAAGUAUUGUUCUUUCGGCAACAUACAAUAUUCUUUUUGCAAAAUACUGUCAUUUCACGUGGACAACAACCCUCCCCCAGCUUGUUUUUUUCACCCUCUGCAAGAGUGAAAAAUACUGACAUUUCUUUUCAUAGGAUGUCUCAGUGUAUUAAACACCCUAUCUUGUUGACAAUGAGAACACUGUGACUAAUCUACAUCCCUAGAUUAAAUGUGUGCUAAUUAUUAAAAAUAGUUGAUUUUGUGUGUGUGUGUGCUAAUAAUCGGUACUAGCCCUUCAGCAGUUAUAGUUAAGUUACAGCAUAACAGUUUGUAUACAAACUUAAAAUGCUAUACUUGUUUCUGUUCUACAAAAGUGAGCUUGGAAUUAUUUCUCAUGGAGGUAACCUGUAAGAGAGUGCUCAGAUUGACACAAUCCAUCAUGCACUGUAUGUGGACAUCACUGAAUCUAUUCUCAUGAGCAGGAUUAGAGCCAAAACAGACAGCUUCAUGC